AUGACGCCACCGGCCCCCGCCAACGGCUCGCCGUUCGACCCCACAACCGCCGCACCCGCGCCCGAAGACCGCGGCGAACCGCCGGCCAAGCGGACCAAGACGCAGGCCUGUUCACGGUGUCGGCGGCGAAAGGUGAUGCUGAUGCUGCGGUAUCAAACCCCCCCCUUUAGGAGUUCGGACCAUCACCAUCUUCACCACCACAACCACCUCCACCCAUCAACACACACGCCCCUGGCCUGGCUGGGUGAUAACGCGUCGUUGGAGGAGCGCAUAUCGCGUCUCGAGAAGACCAACGCUCGACUUCAAGCGGUCGUCGACGACAAUCGCAACGGCAAUGGCCAUGCGCAAGAGUCGUCGUUACCAUCAUCGUCGUCGUCCCGCGUGCAUGAAGCAUCUCGCAAACAUCACCACACUGAAGAGCACCCAUUCGCAUCGGGACCGGGACCGGGGCCGGGACUCGGACCUGAAGCCUCGCUUUCGAGGAGCUCGCCCGCCAUCGGCCUCUUGGCUACCUUUGCUCGCUCAGAGGAAGACAACCCACCACCGCCAUCACUACCGCCUAAUCCAUCAUUCUACGAUGGCGGCAGAGCCAACAAUACAGCACAGAGGCAUGACCAAGAGAUCCCCCUCGACAUCGCAACAGAAGCCUUGCUCUUCGACACCUACCAAGACAAAGUCCACUGCCGCUACCCCUUCCUCCGCCUCGACGACUUCCGCAACCCGGCAAGGCGGCCAAAGGAAGCAUGGGCGUACUACUUCACCAACAUGAUCUUCUCCAUAGGCCUCCUCCUCGAGAAGCCUCCCUCGCAAACCUAUCCCACUCAUCAGGAAUGCCUCUCUUCUAAACAUAACCACACCCACACCCACCAAACUCUCUACCGCCUCGCCGUGACAAAAUACCUCUCCCACGUCUUCGCCCUCCUAGACCGCCUCCUUCACAUCCAAGCCUACCUCCUCCUCGCCAUGCACGCAAUAUACUCCCCCUCGACGGAACGCAUCAUCUCCAUCGCCUCGGCGACGAUGCGCUACUGCGUCAUGGCCCAGCUCCACCUCGCCGACGCAGAACCACAUGUCCCACCUUCUUCUUCUGCCUCAUCCUCUUCACCUACCCCCUCCCCAGAGACCGUAGCAAAAACAAAGCUCAGAGUCCAAAUGCGCCGCCGCGUCUUCUGGUCAGCCUACACCCUAGACCGCGCCGUCGGCACAACAUUCGACCUCCCCUUUUCCGUCCCAGACUACCAAAUCACGGUCAAACUGUACGCAAACAUUGACGACGCCGAGUUGGAUGCCGCAUGUGGCACCGCCUCCUUUCCAGACCAACAUCACCACCCACGCGGCCGUACGAGCGUCUCGGCCGCCCUGCAUGUAGUCUACUGCCGCCAGGUCCAAUCCGAGAUCCUCAACACGACCCUCCACCGCGACUUUUCCACACACUUCAACGAUCUCCCUCACUGGCGGCUCCGCGUUCUGGAUAAACUAGACCGCUGGCGCGCUCUCUGCCACCGGUACGCCGAUGCAGACGCAGACGGCACCUCCGGAGGUCCGGGCUCCUCCCGCUCCGUCCCCGGCCCAGGUCCCGGAUCAAACACCCGCCUCCACGCCCGCACCCGCUCCCGCUCCCGCACCUUCACCCACCCAGAAUGGCUCCACAUGAUCUACAACUACUCCCUUGCAAUGCUCCACCAACCAACCCGCACCACCUGCUCGGGCCCAGCAGGCGACUGGACCGUCAAAUCCUGCAUCCAAGCCUGCCUCAUCUUCCGCAAGUUCCAGCGCCGCGGCCACGACCACAGCCACGCGCUCAUCGCGGAACUAUGGCUAGGUCUCGUAGCGCAGUUUAAAUGCGGCGUCGCGCUGCUCUACUGCUUCUUCGCCACGCCGCCCCGGGCCAGGACGGAAGCGUACGCGGCGCCCGAGGCGGCGGAGGCCGUGAGGGCAUGUAGCGUCGUUCUCUCCAUCCUCGCGGAGCGGUGGCCGCAGAGUGUCUGUCUUAGGGAUGCGUUUGAUAUCUUGGCGAGGGAGGUGCCGCUGUUUGAGUUUAGUGUACCUACCAACGUAGCAGACCCAACAGCAACAGGAGUAGGUCCGCGCAAGAUGAGGUCCGAAUCAGCGGAUGCGCUGAUGGCGUUGAUGGGUCAGCUUGAGAUCAUCGUCGUGCACCGUAACACGCUGCGCAUGAUUCGAGAGAUGGCGCUGGACGAGUUCCCGCGUCCGCCGUCGUCGGUUGGUACAGAGUCUCGGACUCGAGAAGACUUUCUUGCCAACGCUACGGCGGCGGCAGCAGCAGUAUCUCAGCUCGGGGAAGAGGGCUCGCCCUCUUGUGCGCGGACGAGCAUCACGGGUGACAUGUUCCAGCCCAUGACGCCUCACUUCUUCCAAUCGAGCGUGCCGGGCCUCGAUCUCGCUGCUCUCGGGUUCCCUGGCGACUUUGAUCUGCUAGAUGCUUGA